CCGGGUUGCUCGCACGCUUCCUGCUCUGCGAUUACAAGAUCCCGGGAUCGUCGCUUUGCUUAUAGCGAGCAGGGAUUCCUCCUCCGGGUCUGGAAAAGAGAUUUCUCCUGCUGCUUCGGAGACCGAGUAGGGGCAAACAACCUCUGCUUGGUUCAGAGGGAAGAGAACUAGGGCUACCACGAUGGAGGUAGUAGGUGGCUUCUGUUGUUAUUGACGUCCCUGACUGUGAACUCCCAGGGGCGGAGGGUGAAGAAAUCAACAUUUCACAGCAGAGAGUGGGUGGAGGAUUUCCAAACUCAAAACCUAAGCUGAUCUCCAGCAUGGAGAGAGGGGAAGAAAUACAGAAUCUGGAUCCGGAGAACCCUGUGGAAGGGAAGAUCUCAGAAGGUAUCAGUUUGGAAUGGGGCCUCGCCGAUGACAAAAUGGCUUCAGCUGCCAUUACCGUUGCCACGGCAGCAGUGGCCGCAGUGAAGACCAUCAUUGGGAUUCAGUCUCGUAUCUUCACAAGACUGGCCAUGCGCCAGAAGAUUCUGAGACGGGAACACGACGACUUGGAGGAACUUGAGCAGAUUGUACAAAAUACGGCGGCAGCACGCCUUCGAGCUGUCGUCGAAUCGAGCAUUGACUCCUUGAAAGCCCUGACAUGCUCCUGCCUCUUCCAGUCGCCAGCUGUCCUUGCCGGCUUGAUAGAUGAGCUGUACAUCAUGGAACGGGCUUUCUGGGUGCAACCAGGCCGCUCUGAAUGGUGGGAGAAGGUCGUCUUGCCCCAUUGGGAUGACCCGCUUUGGCAAGAGAAUUUCAGGAUGAGCCGACAGACCUUCAUGGAGCUGUGUAACAUGUUGAGGCCAGUCCUAGAGCGGCAGACCACCAACAUGCGAGCCCCGAUUACUGUGGAGAAGCAGCUGGCCAUUGCCAUCUGGAAGCUGGCGACUCCAGAUAGCUACAGGUCGGUGGCAGAGUGUUUCGGGGUCGGACGCUCCACAGUCUCGAGGAUAGUCAUGGAAGUUUGCCAGGCACUUUAUGAUGUUUAUCACCAUGUGGUCCACCUAACCUGUCCCCACAAGGUGAUGAAGGGGUUUGCAGCCAAAGGCUUUCCUCACUGCAUAGGGGCCAUUGAUGCAACACAUAUCCCUAUUAUCGCUCCUGCACACCGAGCAACAGAGUACAUCAACAGCAAAGGCUAUUACUCUAUGGUCCUGCAAGCAUUGGUGGACCACGAUGGCAGGUUCACUGAUGUGUACGCCGGGCGGUCUGGAAAGGUGCAUGAUGCCAGGAUCUUUCGUGGCUCUCCCAUUUUCCGUGCCAUGAAUCAAGGCACAUUUGGUCCCCAUGCAUUGAUGAACAUGGAAGGUGAGCAAGUGAAACCGGUGAUCCUUGGAGAUGCUGCUUAUCCUCUCAUGCCGUGGCUAAUGACUCCUUACAGUGGCCACUUGGACACUUGCAAGCAACGGUUCAAUGAUACCCUAAACCACUGUCGAAUGGUGGUCGAAUAUGCUUUUGAACGCCUCCGGGGUCGUUGGCGGUGCCUGCUGUCCCGCCUAGACGUGAGGGAGCGCUAUGCCCCCAGGGUCAUUGUGGCCUGCUGCAUAUUGCACAACAUCUGUGAGGCCAAAGGGGAACCCCUUCAGGAUGGGUGGGAAGAGGUGGUGAAGUCUGUCUCGAGAUCUUACCAGCAGCCUGAACGACAGCCUGUGUACGUGUCAAAUCCACGAGCCCGGGAGAUCAGGGAUCUUUUCAGUGCCUACUUGCAAAGGAGAGAGCAGGGAAACUAAAACUUAGAUCUGUCCCUCCGACCCAGAAAACUUCACUGCAGGUAUAAGUAGCAAAAUGCUGUCUCUCUUUUGUUUUCCAAGAGUUUUUGAAAGAACCUUGUUGACAUUAUUUGAUGGCAGCUACUGAUUUGUCACUUUCUUGCCUUGGGCUGUCGUGAUUCCAUAACCCCGAGCAGACGGCCUGCAUCAAGGCCACUAAAUUUUGAGUGUUCAUCCCUUUGUGAUAGAACUGGGAUUUUGUUGGUGAACCACCCACUCUGCUGACUAGUGGGGCCCUGCAGCUUAUGAGCUGGCCUUGGCAUUGGUCCUAGCGCUCCCUGGCUGUUAGUCUUGGGGCUGUGCUAUCUAGAGUAGCUCAGGACCGCUCAGGACUUAAUGACCAUUGAGGGCCAGUCUCAACUGACAUCAAGCUCAGUGUUUAUAGCAGGUCACACUCUGGAUUUCAUGGUCUGGGCAAGUGGGUAACAAUGAUCUGGGUGUGUGUGGGGGGGGGGGAGUCCUUUUUCAAACUCCAUUGUCAUAGAUCAAUCACCAUCUGGUUAGAUUUAGGUUUAAGAAAGCACAGAGCUCUUGCAGGAAUGGAGGAUCAAUUACAACGAUCCCCCUUGGGGAAAAGUGGAUCCAAAGGGAUCUUAACUGCAUGGGCAGGCUUUCUGUCUGAGAGCCAGAGUGUAGUAGUUAACAUUUGGAUCUGGGACACCCAGGUACAAAGCCCUGCUCUUCCAUAGAAAGUUGGUAGGUGACCUUGAGCCAGUCACACACAUUCAACCUAACCUACCUCACAGGAUUGUUAUGAGGGUCAAAUGAAGGAGGGAAAAAUGAUGUUGCAAGCCACUUUAGGUCCCUACUAGGAAGAAAAGUGUUAUAUCAAUGUUUAAAUGAAUAUGAGUAGAUGACUGGCAAGCACUGCUGAUACAGUGGGCCUUUGGAAAUGGGAGCCUCAUAAGGGAUGGCCACAGUUGCUCCCGACUGCACUAUCACACACAUGGUUCAAGUCUUCAACUACCCUCAGUCUAGGUGAGUGCUGUGAAGCAGUGGAACAAUGGUUGGAGCGAUAGGGCAAGAAGUCUCAAAAUAUCCUGCUCUGCCAUCACAGCAUCCUUGUAGUGCUGAUCAACAAAGUUGUCCCAAAUUGUAUGAGGCUGGUUGUAUCUGGGGCCUUUAAAAGCAGAUGUUUGAAACACUCUAUUUAAUGUGCUAAACAUUUCAUAGAUAAAAUCACACACAUGCUGUGUUGUUUACAGGCAUUUGGAAUGCUCUCAAGGCCUCCAUUGGUUAGGGUUCUGUGGGUGUAUUUCCUUAAGUGCAGCCUGAGACUUGAACACAAUACUUGAAGUGUUAAGGCCUAUCACAUGCUUGUGGGCCGUUAAUAUGACCUGCAAGGCAAUGGUUAUCUGAGUUGAUGACAAAUAUCAAUACAUUUCAAUACAAUCCCUCCCAGCUCUCAAAGAAGCGGUUGUCUAGCCUUUUGAGGAGUGGGGUGGGGGGGCAAUGUAAUUAGAUCUGUUCACUGUGAAUAAUUACAGGGCAGAUGAGUGGUGAAGGGGCGCAUUUGGAGGAAAAUAAUAGAAGGCAAGAUGGGGAAUGCCCAGAAAGACGUGAAGGGUGAGAGGGAAGCGGGUAGAAAACAGAGUAGCAGGUAUAUGGGUUAGAAUCCCUAAUUCCACCACAGAUGGGGAGUUUGAAACAGGUUUUUAAGCAGUAUUUCUCCAAACUCUAAGAGGCUUUUAUAUUCUGUUGAAUUAACCUUAGCACAAUGAAACAAGUCCCUUUUCUCCCUUCUAACUGUGUUCAACUCCAUGGCUGUUGUGAAAAUGUAAUCUCUUUCAUCCUACUGCAUGAGCUGGGUGUGUUUUCUUUGCAGGGGGAGGUAAAGUUGGGGCACUGUUAUGGUGGUUAAAACUGGAACACCACAGCAAGAACCUCCUCUUGGA